AUUCCUCGUGCAUACACGUACUCGUGUUUUUGUUGGUAUCGUUAUAUUUAUUAGGAAUCUAAUUUGAUAUUGCUUAAAAAAAUGGGUAAAGCGAAAAAGGUCAAAGUAUCUAAAGGCGAAACCAAAGAACCGAAAAUUGGUUUGGCGGAUCAAAUAGAACUUGAGAAAGGGGUGAAAGUAAAAAAUCGGCAAAAGAUAAGGCGUCGGGCCGACGAAGAAGAGUAUAUAGCACCAACUCUGACGAAAAAAAUCUUGUCGCAAGCUAGGCAACAGCAGUUAGAGAUCGAAGAUGAGAUUAGUCCUAGCAAUCUCGAAAAACCCAAAAAAUCAAAGGUGAAUCUUGGCUCCGGUUUCAGCGACGACGAGGAUCAAUCUAGUGAUGAUGGAGAACCAGUGGAGGAUAUAUAUUACGAGAACAUUAAUAUUGAUGAGGAUGAUGAACGGGCAUUACAGAUGUUUAUGUCAAAGGAUGCAACACCCAUGAGGACGCUGGCAGACAUAAUAAUGGAAAAAUUGACAGAGAAAAAGACAGAAAUCGAGACGCAGUUCUCCGACGCCGGAACUAUUCAACUGCAGGAUUUGGAUCCGCGGGUGAAGGCAAUGUAUGAGGGUGUUAGAGACCUCCUGGCAAACUAUCGUAGUGGCAAGCUACCGAAGGCUUUCAAGCUCGUACCUACCUUGAAGAACUGGGAGCAAAUACUUUAUAUCACAGAUCCAACAAAGUGGUCUGCUGCUGCCAUGUAUCAGGGGACAAGGAUAUUUGCUUCAAACUUGAAAGAUAAGAUGGCCCAGAGGUUCUACAACCUGGUUUUGCUACCACGCAUUCGGGAUGAUUUGGCAGAAUAUAAAAGACUAAAUUUCCAUUUGUAUCAAGCGCUGAGAAAAGCAUUGUAUAAACCUGCUGGAUUUAUGAAGGGAAUCCUCCUACCACUCUUAGAAUCAGGAACGUGCACGCUAAGAGAGGCCACUAUCAUCGGAUCUGUAAUCGCGAACAAUUCUAUACCAAUUUUACAUUCCUCGGCGGCUAUAUUGAAAAUCGCAGAAAUGGAUUACACGGGUGCUAACAGUAUCUUUCUCAGGAUCUUCUUAGAUAAGAAAUAUGCGCUUCCAUACAGAGUAGUGGACGGAGUAGUGUUCCACUUUCUUAGGUUUGAAAGAGACACAAGAGAGUUGCCAGUACUAUGGCAUCAGGCCCUUCUAACGUUUGUGCAACGAUACAAGAGCGAUAUCAGUUCUGAACAAAAGGAAGCCUUGCUAGGACUACUGAGGAAACAGUCACAUCAUUCGAUCACUCCUGAAAUCAGGAGGGAAUUACAACACGCGAAAUGUAGAGACAUAGAAAUUACAGAACCCAAACCAGAACCAAUGGAUAUUAAAGAUACAUAAUGCGUCCAAAUAUCGAAGUUAUUGUAUUGUAUUAGUAUUUAUAAUUAUAAUGUAAUAAG